AUGCACAAUAGUGGAGAACAUGCCAUCACCUCUCUCAAAUGUGGGCACUUGUUUUGCCAUCAGUGCUUGGUUGAUUGGUUCGUACGGCAAAUGAAAGCCAAGGACAAGGCACACUGUCCCCAGUGCAAGACUGUAUACAGGAAACAAGACAUGCGACGCAUUUGUACUCCCAAUAUUGCUGUUUAUGAUACCACCGAGUUGCAAAGAUUGCGCAAACAAGUCGAUGAAGAGAGGAAAAAGGCCAACGAAGCCGUAAAGGAGAUGACCAAACUCAACAUGUCAACCACUCUGUACCGACGGCAUAUGGCAGACCUGAAUCGAAGGAAUGAAGAGCUGAAGGCUGAGAAUGACGAAUUAAGGGCACAAUUGCAAUCACUUGGUGUGCUAUGUGGAUCAUCAUCAUCAUCAUCAUCCCACGCAGCAUCUACAUCGGCGUUUGAGAAAUUUCAUUAUGCAUUACUGCCAUGCGAGAUGACAGGUCGCGUUGUCGCUUUGAGUGGUGCUGAGGAAAUGGCGGUGGUGUCAGCAGGGCAUGGAUGUGGAUAUGGAUUACAGCGUGUCAGCAUGCGCGAUUUGGCAGCCAUGGACCAUUUUAUCAAUCAUGAGAAGCAGAUCCGCGACGUCAAAAUCUCCCCUUACCAACGCUCAAUUGUUCUCUCCACGGGUCAUGAUCGCUCAUUAGCAUUAUCAUGUGUGCACAACAAACAUACCAUGCAACGAUACACACUGCCAAAACCAGCUUGGUCUUGCUCCUUCGAUAAUAACGAUCCAAAUCUGAUUUAUUGUGGGCUCGCCAGCAACGUGGUAUCGAUAUUUGAUAUCCGCAACACCAAAUCCAGCAUUAAGGAUAUGCAAGCUUCGGCUCAGAAUUAUGGAAUACAUUCGAUGACAUCGGUUGCUAUGGGAGAAAAGAGGUUGCUAUUGUGUUCCAACACUGUGGAGAGCUACAUUUGGGAGUCGCCAACAAGGGAAGAUGCUACAUUGCACAAGAUACAAGAUGAUCCUGAUGGAUAUAAGCCUUAUUCAUUGGAUUAUCGGCAUGAAAGCCAAACGCUCCUAAUCUCAUCCCGACGAGGCACAUUUGGAACAAAGCAUUCGCUCUGCAAAUUGAACAAUGACGACGACACGAUUUCUGUCGACAGGCUGUGGAACAUCAACGAUGAGCAAACACAACCGCUUAUGGCAAGAACUUGCCACUUUGAGUGGGGUGGCGACUUAGUAGCCAGCUUUGGUACUUCCAAUAAUGCUAUCAUCCACGAUAAUCUCAAGAAGCGGCAAAGUUUGGAGAGUGACAAGCCCGUGCUUGACGUAAAAGCCGAUCGUGUUGGCAAUGAACUCAUUCUUGCAGCUUUGACAGAAUCUGGUCUUCACCUAUGCAAAUGA